UUGUACGAUAUAGGCCUAUGUAUUGUCACACACAUCAAGUGGUACACGAAAAUUUCAUCUGUGCCAUCCUGAGAUGUACUGUGAGAUUACUGGACCUGUUGGACUAUAAAGACUACUGUAUUUCAUUUUUCUACUCUUAUUUUCUAUACUAACAUGUGUCAUUCUUUUUAUUUUAAAUUAGUAUUAUUUUUCUACAAAAUGUCUCAACGUGAAACGAGUGAUUCCGAAAUGGAGUAUUUAGAUCCGAUGACAUGUGAAUCUGAAUUUGACAACGAUCUAAGUAGUUUUGAAGAUGAAGAUGACUUUGACUCUGAAAAGGAUGUGUCUUCAGCAAGUAUCUCCUCUCUCUCUAGUUUUGAAGAUGAAGACUAUGAGCCUGAAGAUGAUGUGGCCUCUCCCUCCUCCUCGGCAGAACAUUCUGACAGUGAUGACGAAAUGGAAGAUGAGGACUACCGUGAGGUUCUCUCACCGGAAAAACCUUACCCUUUUCCUUUCAAUUUCCAAGAGGAAUCUGGCCCAAAACAUGUGCCUCCUCCAGAAUCUCCUCCUAUCGCAUAUUUCUAUCUUUUUUUCACAAGUACUUUGCUGUCUCUUAUGGUGGAGGAAACCAACCGGUAUGCGCAACAAAGGAUAAAUGACAUGGGGAAUAACGUACCGUCUUAUUUGAAGGACUGGACCGAAGUCUCUGUUUCAGAGAUGAAAGGAUUUUUGGCGUGUGUUCUGAAUAUGGGUCUAAUAAAAAAACCAACUAUAGCUUCAUACUGGUCCACUUCUUCCUCUCAAGCCAUUCCGUGGUUUGGGAAAAUGUUUUCUAGACACCGCUUUUCACAUUUGCUACGGUUCUUUCACCUCGUCGAUAACACCAAGUUGCCUGGCCUUGGAGAAUCGAGUUAUGAUCCCUGCGCUAAAUACCAGCCUCUUGUGGAUCAUGCCAACAAGGUGUUCCGACACCAUUACACUCCUCAUCAGGAAAUAUCUGUUGACGAAAGCUUGGUGGAUACCAAAAAUAAAACCAGUCAAAUGCAAUAUUUGCCAAAGAAGAAACAUAACCAAUGGGGUAUCAAAUUCUGGAUGCUGUGCGACUCAGUGUCUAACUACUGUUUGGGAUUUUUCACUUCUAAACGGACUAGGUCUCAGAAGGAGAAGCACAGCACCUCAGAAUCUGGCUUAGGCUAUACUGCUAUGCGAAUACUGCAUGAGAUUGGUAUGUACCUGAACAAGGGGUACCAUUUUUUCGUCGACAGAUAUUUUACGUCGGUGCCCCUUGUUCGCCACCUGUAUUCUCUACAGACUUAUAUCACUGGAAUUGUCCGGAGGAAUCUUAAAAUGCUACCCCAACAGUUCAAGAAAAAAUUAGCAGUCGGGCAAACAUCAUAUUUCAGGUCUGGUCCCGUGUUAGCCUAUGGCUUCAGACAGAAGCAGUCACAAAAGAAUCCUGUCUUUCUAUUAUCCAGCCACGCAUGGGCGCGAGAUGUAGAAGUAAUUAGGAAUGGAAAGGCUAAAUUGAAGCCAGAAAUAAUUCAAAAUUAUAAUAAAUUUAUGGGAGGGUUCAAUACAUCCGAUAUGGUAUUAUAUACAUACUUUGAUGAAAAGAAGCCAGUGAAGUAUUGGAAGAAAGUAGCUUUCAACAUAAUAGCCAGGAUGGUGUUGAAUAGCUACAUUCUUUACAAAGAGAAUUUUAAGGGACCAGGAAAAAUAAAAUCUCGAUACGCAUACCAAGUCUCCAUAAUCGAGAGCUUGGGGGGAGAAUGGAAAGCCACGAAUUUGACUGAAAACGACCCUGAAGAACCAAAGGGACUGAAGAAACUUCCAGGAAGAAAGGAAGCCCGUUGCUGUGUGUGCAGCAGUGUUGGCUUUAGGAGGCGGUCACGAACUGUGUGCACACAUUGUAACAAGGGAGUGCAUGGAGAAUGUUUCCCGAAGCAUGAAUGCUAACAACAAAAGGAAUAUGCACAGUUUAAUAUACUUCUGGAUCAAAGCAUUAAUUUUACAUAAAAUUUAAAAAAAACAAUAUUCUGUUCUUUACAGAUUUACGAUUUGCUUUUGUAUUUUUUAUGUACUUUGAAAUAUAAUUCUAUAGUGAUCUUCACCGACAUUUGUCGUCAUACUGGGUUAUUAGACAAGAAGAUAAACGAAUCUGCAUGCCACAAAGGAUAUAAUGUGUUAUAAUUCGAGAACGAAUAAGACUAUAUGCAAGCAUCUUAUAUGAAAAAGUACAGAACAAUGUUUUCUCUGUUUCUAGCAUAGUGGGAAUAGAGAAAAUUUUACGGACUUUAUUCGGGAAAUUUUGUUAUAUCGAAGUAUAAACAUUAAGUUGUAAAUAUAAGUUAUUACAUGUUGUUAAACUAAUUUUAUAAUAUAAACAAUUGGAAAAUACCUACUCUACCUGUAGUAGAAAAUAUCUGUGAUAUUUUUUCUACGUCUACAAUACCAAUGAAUUUUUUCCGAAUUUUUAAAAUAUGUGUUGAGCCACAGAACAAAUAUUCAGUUUGCUA